AUGCCAGCCCCACCUCCUCCCCCACCGCCACCGCCAGGUCCCCCUCCACCACCUCCGCCCUCCGCUUCCCUGCCACAGUCUCCUUCAGAGCCUCCUCAGCUCCAGCCUGGCAGAGGAGGUGGAAGGAAUGCCCUAUUGGCCGACAUCCAGAAAGGCGCCAAACUCAGGAAGGUCACGCAGGUCAAUGACCGUAGUGCCCCUGCAGUUGAUACAGAGCCUAAGCCUAACAAUGGAGAUGCUGCUGCUACUCAUAGUUCAUCAGCUGGGAUAGCUCCCACAGGACCCAGCUUAGGCGGACUCUUUUCAGGAGGGUUUCCCACCCUCAGGCCUAUAGGUCAUAGAGACUUAGCAGGCAAGACACCAGUGUCCCGGUCGAGCUCUGCUGCCUCUUUGAGGCCACAGUGGAAUCCUCCUACACCAACCGACUCCAGCAGCCUUCCAGAGUCUCACAAGGCGGCAGAGAUACAUACCUCCUCCCAGCGUCUCCUCACUCCUUCUUCUGCUCCUCCCUCCCCGUCUCACAGCAGCAAACACCCGCCAUCUUUCCUUGCGUCCGCGCCCCCAACGCCUCCACCAGCCCCUCCCUCCGUUCCUCCCCCACCUCCUCCGCCUCAGGCCCUCCAGGAGCGACCGGCCAGCAAACCGCCGUCUCUUCCCUCCUGCCCUCCUCCUCCUCCCCCUCCAUCCCAGAUCACCAGACCCACCUGGCUACCUGUUCAGCAUUCUCACCACUCAUAUGUGGCCCAUCCUUCUGCACCCCCUCCCCCGCCUCCUUCCUCCAUCCCAGGGGACCGCUCCUCAGGUUGCUUCUUCUACUCUCCACCUCCCGUCGCUGCCUGCUCAGAACCAUGUAGGUUCCCUAUUCUGCGUGACAGCCCCCUCGGACCUCCUCCUCCACCACCGCCUCCUCCACUUUUACCUACAUCUUUAACCCCAAGCUGCCCAACCAACCUUCCACCACCUCCACCCAAAUUGGCCCCUGUGCCCUCACCAGCCAUGCGCUCCCUGCCUCCUUCCUUCCCUUGCAACGUUCCCACUCGGCGGCCACCAUCUGUGCCAAGAAGUUUAGGUGUGGAUCGGCUGCUGGUUCCUCCUCCAGCUCCUCCGGCGCGCUCCCCCACCACAGAGCUGUCCACCCGCAUUCUCCCCCCUCCACCACCUCCCCCUCCGCCCCCAUUCAUGCUCAGGAAUGGACACCUCCACAGUAUGGUUGAAGACUUUGAAUCCAAGUUCCAGUUCCACCCGAUAGAAGACCUCCCCCCACCCGAAGAAUUCAAGCCUUUUCCUCGGAUCUACCCAAGUAAAGAACACAGAGUGAACCCCAAACCACCUGGGAUCAGGACACACCUUAGAUGAGUCAUAGAUCCUCAAGUUUCCUUCGUGCUCCUAAGAUGCUCCUCCUCGGUUGUCCGACAGCUCCAGAUCCUCACAAAACAGCCAAAGAGACUCAGUUAUGAUCAGUAUGUUUUCAAAUACUCCAUGAUUGUAUGAGGGAGUGAAACAGGGUCGGGCCUUAUACUGACUGUGUGACCUCUGACCUUUUGGCAGCGGAAUGUUUUCAAUGUGUGUGAGGAGGAGGGCUCAACCAUCUACAUGCAGUCUCUACACAUAAAGUCCAGGGACAAUC